AUGACACGAGGAAAUCAAAGAGAAGUUGAUAGAAUUAGGUCAUCCAAAAGAAAUGACAGAACGAAACAAAACAGUACCGUUAAAGACGCUUCAAAAAAUUUGAAUGUUGUUUGUAAAUUAUGUAGACAUUCUUUUAUGUGUACAGUUAAUCAAUCUAUUUUGAAAGAACACCAUGAAAAGAAACAUUCGAAGAAUGCUUAUGAGGAUUGUUUUUCAUGA